CUAAGCGCGGUUUCACACACACCGAUAUUAUCGGUGUCGUUAUCGGAAUCGGUAUCGGAGAGUGCUUUCUUACACACCGAUAAAAAAGUAAAACUUUGCGCCGUCUUUCAUAAAAGGCCAGGGAUCAGUGCGGUGUGUGUAGCGUCUCGGAACAGUUUAUUAUUUAAUAUGAACAAAAAAGCUGUGUUUUUAUUAUAUUUGCUGUAUUUGCGAAAAAAGAAGUGUCGAGAAAAAAGACGAAGACGAUAUUGGGUCCAUCCCAUAUUAUCUCAAAAAUAUGUAGAAGGAGCAUUUUAUACAAUGUUUGAAAAAUUUCGCGAGCAUGAUGAAAAGUUUUUUAACUACUUCAGAAUGAGCACAGCUACAUUUGACUACUUACUAGAAAAGUUAUCAUGUAGCUUACAAAGACAAGAUACUCAAAUGAGAUUAUGUGUACCUCCAAAAGAAAUGCUGGCAAUAACACUGAGAUAUUUGGCAAGUGGAAACACGUUCACGGAUAUGCAUUAUGCCUACAGAUUAGGAGUUUCAACCAUAAGCAAGAUUAUAAAAGAUGUUUGUCAUAGUAUUUGGAAUAUUUUGAAAGAUGAAUAUCUUCCAACUCCAACAGUAGAAAAUUGGAAGGACAUUGCUGAUGGAUUUACAAGAAAUGCUCAGUUUCCGCACUGCAUAGGAGCUGUGGACGGGAAACACGUCCGCAUUAUGAAGUUUCCAGGCAGUGGAUCGAUGAAUUUGAAUUAUAAACAUUUUUUUUCGAUAGUCCUAAUGGCUAUUGCGGAUUCUAAUUACCGCUUUAUAUACGUAGACAUAGGUGCCUUUGGUAAGGAUUGCGACUCAUCAGUAUUUAAAGAAACCGUGUUUUGGAAAUUAUUACAACAAAAUGCCUUGAAUAUUCCCCACCCAAGCCCCCUAAUUUCAACAGGAGACAAUCUACCAUUCGUCUUAGUUGGAGACGAAGCAUUUGCACUUUCCCAGAAUUUACUUAGGCCAUAUGGGGGCCAUAGUUUAAAUAUUAAUAAAAGAAUUUUCAAUUAUCGCUUAUGUCGAGCGCGACGGUACAUAGAAUGUUCGUUCGGUAUAUUAGUGAAUAAGUGGCGAAUAUUUCACAGAGCCAUAAAUGUUGGUAAGGAGUACGCAAAAGAUAUUGUUAAAGCGUGCAUAAUUUUGCACAACCUAGUUCGAGAAAAAGAUGGCACUCGUGUAGAAGAUAUGUACGCACCAGACAGAGAGCUACAAAAUCUACCACCAACUACAGCAUGUCGCGGUGGACGAGCUGCCAAUGAUGUUCGCGAUAAAUUUGCAGAAUUCUUUGUAAGUCCAGAGGGAUCCUUACCAUGGCAAAUGUCUAAAAUUUAGCGCAUAAGUUACUGCUUCUGGUUCUAUUUAAUGUCUUUAUACUUAGAUAUUACUUUUACAUUUAGGCAAGUGUUCUUUAAGUUUAAAGCUCAAAUAGGUACAUAUGUACUAACCUAGAUCUGUAACGUAGGCUGUAAAUGUGAAUAAAUACAGGUAAAAACAUGCACUUACCAAUUUUUUGCUGUUCUUGUUCAUUUAAAUUAUCGAAAUUGGCUUCAAGGUAUUUAUGCACUUCUUUCCACUCACGUUUUUUCAAUAUCUUGUCUUUGUAAGUCUCGGAAAAUUUAUUCCACAAACAGGGCCUUGCUUCCACAAAUUCAAUGAGUGUAACAAUGUCGUAAUUAAAUUUAGUCACACUCAUAUUAAGUAUAACCCGUGUUCCAGCAACCAGUCAAUACGCCAAACUACUCGUGCGACACUGAGUUUCAAAAGUGAUAUGACACACCGAUAACGACAAGUCGGAACGUGUGAAUGUGCCUAUUUAGUUUGCAUUGCGUACUAAACCGGGCGAUAAUUUACUGGCCGAUUUUAACUCGACCAUCCGACAGACGCAACGAUAUCGAACACGG